GUCUCAUUGUCAUUCUCAGCAAAGGAACGGCUCUGCUUCGUUUUUUAUUCGUGCAGCACCUUCGUGACCAGAAAAUUGCGUCCAGAAAUGCUUGCGCUUCUUCGAAAGUUGCUUGGGCUAUUCUGCGGGACAACUGGACACGUUCGACCCAAUUGCCGUCGAACAGUCGGUCUUUUGCCUCAUCAAUUCUUCUCUGCGGUCGACAGCGUGUGAAGAUUCCAUCGACGACUGGAAAUAUUGGUGUGGCAGCAACUCCACCUACGCAAAGCCAAAUGAAAAAUCCGGGCAGUACGUCGACUCUGUCCCGGAUCGAUUUUGUAGUCCUGAAAGUUACAACAUCACGACCGGCGGUGCAGUGGAUGAGGGUAGUGGUGGUGGUGGUGGUGGUGGUGGAGCUGGAGGCGCAACUUCUGCCACAAGGUCAGGAGCACGAGCAGAGAAGAAUGAAAACAGCAGCAGCAGUAGUAACUCUUCUUCCUCCACCACACAAUCUUCGCGCGAGAUGAAUGAGGUGAUAUCGCUUGUAGUUGGCUUUUGCUUCGUUGUAGGCAUCGGGCUCAUCGUACAGCAUCUGCUGAGUCGACAUCGAGGGGGUCCACCACAGGAGCAAGACGCAGGACAAGGCGGGUCAUCGAAUGCAGGUGAAGACGAAAGCCCCGAUGGAUCAGGAAGAAGAAGAAAUGUUGACGAUGAAAAGACCACUGAAGCGGCACCUGCGAACAAGAAUAAGAAAAGCAAGCCGGGCAGCAGGAAUAAGCACGACGAUCCCGCCUUGUCUUCCUCCGAAAGUGACGGCGAGGACGUUCUUACCGGCUCCUACCAGGCUCAUUUGCAGGGGUCUUUGACGGAUAAGAACAAGCCCGUCCUUCGACCCGCUUCCAGCCACCAGUUUCGGAAACAAAAUGAAGCGGCGGUGCGCCAGGGCAUGUUGCAAGAUCACAACGCGUAUCAACUGCAAAAAUGUCUGGGUCUGGAAGAAUGCCAGACUUGUCAUGCAGGUUUUCCAUGACCCAUGAGGUCUGGCAUGAAGGACAUAGCAGGAGAGAUUCUGUGAGAGUUCUACCAUGCCUAUCCUGCAUGAGAAACUGCCUCUCGAUUAGGUCAAAAGUGGACAGCUUUUGGUAAUCAUGCAACACAGAUUUUUACACGAUUCAGAUUUAGCAUGACAAGGUGCAGCUUUGUUCCAGACCCAGACACUUGUACAUUUGAUAACGCGAAGGCGGCAGGAGUGAAACUGACUGAUCACGUAUCGGAGGAAAGACAAAAUAAAGUGUGUUUGUGUGAACAAUCCUGAAGCACGAUAUGUACUAAACCUCGCUGUGAUCAUGAUGUUCUUGACGACAGCUGCAAAAUAUACCUUUCAUGGUGCUGCGCAGAUAGUCAUAGUUGUACCCUAAAACUUGUCGAGGAAAAGGAAAACUACACCGUCGAACGGUUACAACCCGACAAGAAUGCAUGAAACGCAUGCACGACCGUGACCAUGUCCAUGCAAUCAUCUUGUUGUUGUUGCAUGUUCAGCAUCACAAAGUCCACACACGAAAAUCUUUUUUUCUUCCAUACCAGGGUUCCAUCGCAUUUUCGGCAACUUCGCUCCAGAUGGGGAGUGCGAGUACGUCUAGUAUUAUGCAAAAAGAACGCAUCAAAGAACGUGAUGUCCCCUACUAGUACUCAUGUACAAAAUGCAUCACAAAUUCCGAUGUCAAGGCAAUCAUACUUGUCAUGCUGAAUAAAUUUUUUUCAAGCAACGCAAUAAAUCAAAAUUUUGUCAUGCAGACACCUCCUUCGCAUUUGUACACGUAGUACGGGAAUUACUGCACUGUGGAUAUUAAGUAUCGGGACGAAGAGCUUUGAGCCGAGAGCCAGCAGCGGCCUGGCUCAGUUGGACACGUUUGGAAAAUCGACGCAGGACCUGUUGAAGCGCGGUGCGGGAGGAGUCGUGAACAGAUGAUCGUGAGACAGAUUAGGAACAUGAAGAUGAAGCAACGUUCGUUUGUUGUAUAGCUGCCGCUGCGCAACAGGACCACCAGCCACGAGGAACACGAUUGAGACUUUUUCAAAGCUCUUCGAUGUCGUAACCCAGAUAAGUAGAAUCUUCUUUUGUUGUAGCUGUUCUAUGUUCUCCACCUGCUGCACAGCCACAAGGUAGAGGUCCGCCUUAUCCCAAG